AUGGCUCCGCCGACAUCACCCCCUCAUAACCUCUCGAUCCGAACGGCGAAGCAUGGCAAGCAAUCAAUCCAGCAAGCACCGUCUUCCUCCUCACCGCAACAACUUCACCAAGAAUACCCUAUAAAAGUACCUCCCGAGAAGCAGACAAAAGCUGUAGAGCUCUAUAACACUUUCAUCCUCGCAGAGAUGCUGGCCGAGAAUGACACGGUGACCCAUAACGACGGUUAUCUUCUUCCCACUGGGCCUCCCACCGCCCGCUCGGUCACAUCACAGACGUCUUCAAAGCACCGCGGAGCACCUUCCACCUCGGCGUCGACGUAUGAUGCAGCUGACUACGGUUCUGUUGUGUCUUUUAACCAAAGUCCCACUUCCGCCACAGAAUUAACCUCUUUCGAUGGCAAGAAAGUCAGGACACGCACAAGAAAGCGGUUGAGUCCGAAAGCCAGAGCCAAGGCUGCAUUAUGUCCUUUAGAUCAUCAUGAUAUCAAAUCCCUCGAAGCCCUCCGACUAUCGAUGCCGAAAGAAGAGAUUCGGACCCAACUGCAAUCUGUACCCCUCUCAGCCGCCUCGAGUUCCUCGCAGAGAACGGCACGGUCGAUAACGAAACAAGAACCCGCCUCGAGCAGCGCGGUCUCCGACGACUUUCUUGGUAUCGGAGCACAACUGCUCGAAGUGGACGCCAUGGACUUCGACAAACAAUUAUUGGAUGUGGAUAUCCUCUCUUCAGUAACAGGGCAAAAUUAUGACAAUACUCAGACCGAUAGACCGGCACCUGCCAUGCUGAAUCCUGUCGCACCCAAUUUCCCCAUUCUCAAUGACCCAAAUCCAUAUGCUACUUUCAAGCAUGGCGCCCCCUUCCUUCUUGGCUGCCUUCGCAAUGAUCAUUUUCACUGCCAGUAUCUUCAAGUGUGCCAAGAGCGCCUCAACACGGCGGAUGAGUUACAAGAUCAUUUUGCUUCAGCCCAUUUCGAGUUUACGCGAAUUGAUCCUGCGCAUCGGUUUAUCUGUUCCGUGUGCAAUGACACGAGCCUCGGCGCGACUGAACUUUGUCGUUGCGGAACACCAGCUAAUAUUGAGCUGUGGAUAUGUGGACACUUCAUCAAAAGACAGCGGUUUCAACGUGAUAGUUCUGAUGGGACCGAUUUUCAGGGAUAUCGACCUGGGCCAACCUCCUUUGAUCCGCCAUCGUUUGGAGGACCGAAUGGCAGUCUACCCUGGGAUCCAAAUACGAACAACAGAGGAAACUUUGGUGGGGGUGUUAACAACCAGGGGCCGUCCAAUUAUCAGGGCGGAUAUGGCAGAACUGGUAAUCCAAACCCAGGUUUUGGAUGGAAUAACUCCAAUGGAUCAGGAUCGGGCAGUAACCCGUAUCAGGGGAACCUCUUCGGAACUCGGCACAUGGCAUGGGACGGCCACUACGAUUUCCAAUUCUGGUGCUCGAAAGCACAGCCAAAGGGACUUCGCCUUCACUCGUUCCUCCUUCUCCUUCUUGUCUUAUUUUCUAUCGUCUUCGGUUUUACUCAUGAUUGGCUCAUCACCAAAACACAUCUGGCCGCUGCCAGCAUUCGUUCUCAUCUACCGGUCCUAGGAUUUGCUAUUCUCAUGACGUCCAUUGUGAUACCCCUCCUGAUGCAACACUUCAACCUUCGACGAGCACGAUGUGUGAGUAUCACCAUUGUCCUGGACCACCAGGCCAAGAAGCACGCUGACGACCUUCAAAGGGACCUCGAUGUCCUCUGCACGCUCUUACACACUCUCAUUUGCCGUUUGCAUCCCGACCAGUCGGAUUUGAAUAUUCUUUGCGUAGUGUCGCUUGCUUAUGACACGAAAGGGCGGAACGACUUCGCAUUACUGCCGUCUACGAAGCAUGAGUUGUAA